AUGGAACCAAAGGUCAAAAUCACCCCUGCUCUCCUCAAUGACAAGGCUUUCACCUUUCUUGAGAGGUUUGCAUGCAAUGAUGUCACUGACACCUCCCUUCUAUUCAAUGUCAAAAUUGAGCUUGCUGCCACAGGGAUAAAUGCCAUCAAGGCUGUGUGGGAGCUCACACAAGCUAAGGUAGUCUCAGUAGCUCCCCUGUUGGAAAAUGCUGCUGCAUGGCAGUUGGUUUUGCAUUGGGCAACUGAUGAUAGCCUCUCCUUUGCCAAUUUCUUGACAGAGAUGGAGAAAUUUGGCAACAGGUACCAGUUCAACAAGUGGAAGUCCAUCUUUGACCAAGUAUUCAAAGCAUCUCAGGAGGGUACUGCUGUUGAGGUCGUUAGGGCAGCCAUGGCUGAGUGUGGCAUUGUUGAGCCUUCUAGUGCACAUGAUGGCCCCCCUGCUCAGGCUUCUUCCUCCCAUAAGUAA